GAGCAGCAGCCACCGCCGGGCGUGCGCAAGUGCGGCUACCUUCGCAAGCAGAAGCAUGGCCACAAACGUUUCUUCGUGCUUCGCGCCCCCGGUGGCGGGGCGACAGCGGGGGAGGAGGCGUCGCCGCAGCAGCCCGCCCGACUGGAGUACUACGAGAGUGAGAAGAAGUGGCGGAGUAAGUCCACGGCUCCCAAGCGGACCAUUGCCCUCGACGCCUGCCUCAAUAUCCACAAGCGAGCCGACGCCAAGCACAAGCACCUCAUCGCCCUCUACACGCGCGACGAGUACUUCGCCUUGGCGGCUGAAAGCGAGCCAGAGCAGGAAGCCUGGUACCAAGCGAUCACGGAGCUGCUCCACGAGAGCCAGGCCGCGGCACAGGGCUCUCCUCGGCAUCCGUCCCACUUGGCCUCCUGUGAGGACUUCAGCUACGGGCAACUGGGCUGCAGGCCGUCUGCGUCCACCGCCUACCGCGAGGUGUGGCAGGUGACGCUGAAGCCGAAGGGACUUGGCCAGAGCCGCAACCUCACGGGCGUGCACCGCCUGUGCCUGGCGGCGCGCACAGUCGGACUGGUGCGGCUCAACUGCGAUCGGCCUUGCGUGACGCUGCAGCUUAUGAACAUCCGCCGAUGCGGGCACUCGGACAGCUUUUUCUUCAUGGAGCUCGGGCGCUCGGCCUCGACAGGGCCCGGCGAGCUCUGGAUGCAAGCCGACGACUCGGUGGUGGCGCAGAACAUCCACGAGACCAUCCUGGAGGCCAUGAAGGCGCUGCGGGAGCUCGUAGAGUUCCGUCCGCGGAGCAAGAGCCAGUCUUCGUCCUCCUCGUCCGGAGGCGCCACCACAGUCGCCGUGAAUGCGGGCGGCGGCGGGGUGGGAUUAUCGUCUAUGUGUAGCCGGCCCAUCUCAGUUCCCAGCCGUCGCCAUCACGCCCAUCACCCGCUGGCGCCUCUGCCCCCCAGCCAGACUGGCCUCCUCCGCCGAUCGCGCACUGACAUCUUGACUGUAGCAGGGAGCAGCAGCAGCAGCAGCAGCAGCAGUAGCAGCAGCAGCCAUGGCAGCCGGGUGCGGACGGCCAGCGAGAGUGAUGGAAUUAGGGUUGAUUCGCUGUCUGGCAGCCCCUUGAGCCCCGAAACAGGGCAAAUCCCACAUAGCCUUGGAAUCAGAGGGGCCCUUAGCCCACUAGGAGGGCAAGCAGCGAUCCACUCUGGUGGCUCCCUAGCUUUAGGGCAUUCUUCCUCCCUGGGACCAAAGUUGACCACCGAGCCAAGUUUGGCCUCUCAGCGCUUAUCUAGUUGCAGUGCUUCUGGUUCUGGUUCCCCCAGUGACCUAGCUGGCUUCAUGACUUUUGAGGAAUUAGGCUCCAGUCCAGCUGGAGACCUACUGCCUUUCUCAUCUUCUUCAGCAACAAGCCACCAUAGCAACACACCUGAGACUCCUCCUGGCUGGCAGUUGGAUGGUUACAUUGCUAUGGAGCGGGAACCCCUUCGCCACCAGCCAUAUCUUUGUGGAGAGGACAAGGUUCCCAGGAAGCGCACUUACUCUUUGACAACACCAGCACACCAAGGCUCCUUGCCUCCUCCAGUUUCCUCUGCCUCCCUCGAUGAGUACACACUCAUGCAAGCCACCUUUUCAAGAGCGGGAUAUUCACCAAAGACAACCUAUACUCCUUAUCCUGAGGAUUAUUGUGAUGUGGACAUUGGGUGUAGUGGCAUCAGCAGUGAUAGGUCACACUUAGGUUGCAGUGUGCCUAAGGAGGAUGGCUAUAUGCCCAUGAGUCCCAGCAUAUCAUCUGUUGUGUCAUUGCAGGCUGAUUCUGAUGGCUAUAUGUCUAUGCACCCCACUGGUGUGUCAGCCCCACAGCAGUCUGCACAGUCUUAUUCCUAUAAAAUCAACAGGGAGAGUUCUCCAGAUGAUUGUGGUUACAUGCAUAUGUGGAGUACCAGAACUAGGCUGCCUGGAGAGAGUCCAGAAGAAAGAUUGGCCAGCGAUGACUACAUCAGUAUGUCCCCUUUGCUUCUGCCCCCUUUGCAAGGACCUUCUGCUUCAGACUCACCUAUGCUCUCUACUGAUCAUUUCAGUGCCCUGAGGGUUGGAAACCAGGCUGGUUACUUGGGUAGCCUAUUGCAUGCAUGCCACCAGCAGUCAGAUUCCCAUGGGGAGAGAAAGGACAGUGACCAGUACGUGCUUAUGAACUCUCCAAUAGGCAGACAGAAUUACACUCCCAAAGGAAAAUUCUUUCUUGCUCCAUGCAACAACACUGCAAUGCAUUUAUCCAUGCAACACAAUCAGACUGAGACCUCUUUCAGCCAAAAGACAGGCAAUACCCAGCCCAGUCACCCUUCUCUGGGGCUUUUGAUAUCCAUCAUGAAUGAACAGCCUCUUCUAAAGGAACCUCAGAGUUCCAGUGGAGAUUAUGUUGAUAUUGGCUACUCACUGGCGCCAACCUGUAAAGGCUUAUCUUCUCUGCUUAACCCUGGCUUAGGUGGGCAUAAUGGCUCAAGAAUUUCCAGUUAUAUGAACCUCAACUUCGAUGGUCCACAGACAAAUGCCAUCUCUCUAGGGCCCUUGGAAGAAAUACUUAUGCCAGGAUCUUGUCCUAACCCUGGGAAGCUAGACAAGCAUUAUUUAAAGGUUGGAAUGCAGAUGGCUUGCCUUUCCAGUCCGACUUCUGAAGCUGGUGACUAUGCAGAGAUGAUUUUUAACCCUGCCACCGCACCACCACAGCCAGAAAGUGUUUGUGUGACUGGCCCUGGACUGAAACAACUUACCCUUCCUGAGGUGGAGGCUUUUGUCUUUGCUAGUCCUCCUUUUGAUCCCAAUCAUGGAGCCAAAGUCAUUCGUGCUGAUCCUCAGGGGCGUCGAAGGCACAGCUCAGAAACUUUCUUAUCUACUACCACAGUGACUCCUGUUUCUCCUUCCUUUGCACACCAUCCUAAGCGGCAGAAUUCGGCCUCUGUAGAAAAUGUGUCCCUCAGGAAAAAUGAAAGUUUGGGGGGAGAGGAACAGAACAGCAGCCCCAUGUGCCGUGAAACCUCAGCUGGCUUCCAGAAUGGCCUCAACUACAUUGCUGUUGAUGCAUUGGAUGGAAGUGAUCUUGCAGUUGGAGACCCAGUCGAGCACAAAGACAGGUAUCCUCUCAAUGGAAAUAUCAACAGUACUUAUGCCAGUAUAAGUGUUCUGGCCCAGCAUCUGAAAAAAACAUCUUUAGUGAAAGAAUGAAGAAACCAGUUUCACCCUUAUACUUGGUAGAACUGUCAUCAUUUUAGAUUUAAGCUGCUAUAAGAUCCAUUUUCUCCCUACUUCAUGUAGCUUUCAGAACAUUUCUUCAUUAUUAUUGGAGAAGAAGCAACCUGUCUCAUUUAUCAGGAUCUUUUGCAACACUAUGCCGCUGUUUGCAUAAAUUGUGCUCAGCGUGAUAUCUUUUAGGACUUUGGACCUCAGCUGAUGGAUUGUGAUCAUUGCCUUUUCAGUACCAAUGAACUGUACUUAACUCUUCAGCAUGUUGAGAGGUUCUGCUUGCACAUGCUACAGCAGUAAAAUUUGGUGUUUACUAGCAUAUUUUCAAACCUCUACAGCACUACCUCAGUUAAAAGUCAAACUGGAUUUGUAUUGUGGUUUAGGAUGGCUGACAUUUCCUUUCUCUCAGUGGCAUAGUACAGUUGUCAGCCUUACCGAAUCUAUCAAGAACCCUGUUACUGUCUGGCUGCUUCGUUUAUUUACAUGCAAAGAUAGGACCUGAAAAACUUAAAGCCAAGAUGAAACUUGAGAGAUUAGAUUUUUAUCACUAUAUUUCUGGUAAAAUAUAAGAUCUGCUACGGAAGCAGCAAAACUUGGUACCAUUAAAUUGUAUUGGGAUUUCACUCUAUACCUCUGACACAUUUGUUUGAUAGUUUCUUUAAAGUUCUGCAGACUUCAGAGAUCUUUUAUCCUAUUUGUAUGCUUAUGUUUAUCAGCUAUUCUUGGUAUUAGUUUGUUUUCUUGCAACUAAAAUUUAGAAACGAAGGAUAAUACAUGUCAAAAAGAUGGCAAACUUUUGUACAAAAUUCUACAUAUUAUUCAGUGAAGCUGAAUAUUUUUCUUCAACAAGAAAUAACAAUUUCCAUUUUAAAAAAAGCAUAAUAUUUGGGGUGAGGUGAGGGCAAAAUUUUCUAUCGAUCUCCUAAAGAUAAUUCGUAAGAACGUAAGUAUUCAGUAUUUUGAAAAUAACAGUGUCAUGGCUGCUAUUUUUACAUAUCUUCAGAGCUUUGAUGGUCCUCCGCGUGUUGCUUCUGAUCCAUUUUUGAUUGAAGAGAUUUUUUUAAAAUGUAUUGUUAUCAUUACUAAGAGCAAACAUAAGUUUUUCCUUGAACAUUGUCUGUGUUUAAACAAUGAACACAAUGUUACCAGUAGCAGUACUUUCUGUCUUUACUGAACUAUUGCUCAGGAUAAUCAAAAUUCUCCUGCUUUCAUGCUGAGCAUUGGGACAGAGGGCUCUAUAGAAUGAUGCAUCUGAAUGUAAUCUCUAUUCACUCAAAGUUUUUUUGAGGGAAUGGGAGGAGAGUAUAUGUUGAAGAAUGGAAUUAUCAAAUCAAAAUAAUAAGUAGCCCACAUUUCUGCAGAAAUUUUUGUCUGCAAUUUCUAAUAUUCCUGAUUAAUGCCCAUGCUGGCUUAGGUUAUAGAAAUUGUGAUCCAAAAAUCUUGAAAGCAUUAAGUUGUGGGGAAAUGUCAGUUAACAAAGAUAGCUAGAUAUCAUGUCCUCAAGUAAAGGAGCACUGCAUCUGAAUGACUUUGGGGGAAAAGUCAGUUCCUGAUACCAUAAUAGUCAAUUUAGUUAGUUUCUAAAAUAAACAAGCUUGAAUAUAUACUGACAUUGUCAAUACUUUACAUUUCACAAAGGCAUAUGCAAAUAGUUACAUUCUUAAUCUAGUUUACAAUAUGAAACCAAAAUGUAUAAACGUUAAAUUUGCUAACACUUUGCUAUGUAUAUUGGGUCUUUGUACAUUCUGCCUGAUUUUACCUUAAAUUUUAAAUAUUUUUUGCUAUGUAACAUUAACAGUUAUAAGCAUUGUUUUCUUUUUAGAAAUAUAAUUGUUUCUGGACAUUGAUAUAGUAAAUAUAUUUCUUGGCAUUGUGCUAAGGCAAAACACUUAAUUUAUUUUGCUGUGUCUUCCAAUGCACACUAUGUAUAUAGAAAUAAUCAGUGAUGCUGCUGGGGAAGAGAAAACAUGGAACUAAAAAUUUAGUCUUUAGUCUUUAAUGAUCUUGGCUGCUAUCCUUAAUAGCCAUAUGCAAUAAAAUAUAAUUUAUUGAAGCAUUAAAGUCCUUGAAGAGCUGUUCUUUUUUUAAAAUCAAAAUUGUUAUAAUAUAGCUUUCUGCUAUGUUUUGGAGCCUCUUGCUUCUCUAGUCAAAAGCUCCAUUAGUAAAAAUGAUCAAUUCUGUCUUUCGCUUGAAAAUGUGCACUCUAGUCCUGGGGAAAUACUUUCAGAUUUGGAAACAGUCUUUUAUUAGAACAGUACUUUUAAACAGAUAUUUUGUCCCAGCAGUCCCUGUAGUGAUGACAUUAAUUCAGGAAAAUUAUUGUCAACAACCUUUUUGGCAAAUGAACAUCGGUGCCAGUGUUACCACUUGGAGUAAGUAAUAUCUCCAGAAAUUAUUAAUUUUUUUCAUCUUAAUGACUUUUUAUUAUUUAUAGCCAUGCAUUUUAGUUGUAUUUUGAGAAGUUGUAUUUAGUAGCUAUCGGUUUGCUUGUUUGUUUGCUUAGGAUUCUAUGCCACACAUUUUACCAAGGCGACCCUAGGCAGCUUUCAGUCAAACAAUUAUAAUACCAUUUAAACAUUAAAAUGCUAAUACAAUAGAUAAUUACCAUGCAGUUAAAAAUCUGGAUAAAAUUCAAUUAACCAUAAUGGAAAGGAAGGGAACAAAGUGUGUGGGGGGAGGAGGUGGGGGUCUGACUAAUCCAUUAGCCAUCUCCAAGACAAUUCCACUAUCAAUUCCAUCCAGAUAUCAGGGCUUGACACUAGAAAUCCUUGAUCUAAUAAAAUAUUCAUUUGUAAAAUCUUGUUUUAUUAAACUUUAAUUAAGUCUGAAAUAUUUACUUUUUACAGUGUGCAAAGGGGCCCAUCGUUUCUGCCUCAUUCUACCAACCAUAGAAAAUUCUGAUCAUUUUAGAAAAAGAAAUGCUGCCAAACAAUUAUCUCUAAUAAGACCUGCGUAUUAAUGUAUUUUCAAGCAUAAACUGGGCUGAGUGGGUUCUGUGGAAGAUUAAGGAGGGAAGACUACAAACAUGGUCUUUGACAUUCAUUCAGCCAUCCAUUUUUUCCUUGAUGUGUUCUUCUCUUCUCAUUAGCUAAAACAUCAUCACAAUUUCUCAUCAGCAACAUUGGCAAAGGCUCUAGACAGAUGGCAGGGGGCUGUCUUUCUCUCACCAUAGACACAUAAAAUUAAACUCCCUGCCUACCCCAAAGUCAGUCCAACCUAUGUAACUUGCUUACCAGGACAAGAAAAAUAAUAGUGAGUUCUCCUUCCCUUUUAAUUGUCCAAACUGCGGACCAUAUUUGUUUGUAUGCAGGCACAUGUCCCGAGCUACACAGGACUAAGUGCCUUUAUAAGAGUAGGAAUUAAUUUAAAAAAAAAGAUUGCAUUGUUCAGCUAUAAAGCACUGAGCUGAAUCUCAAAUGUCUUUGGUGUGAGACUUCUAGAGUAAACGUAAGAGUCAUAUUUGCAAAUCCAGGCAGGCAAGGGGAAGGUAAGUGCUUAAUAGCUUCAGCAAAGCAUUCACCUUGGAAAAAAUCCAGGCCACCAACCCCUGUACUACAACCUCUGUACAAACCCCUGUCACUCAUACUAUUUUUAUUCUGUUUUUUUCCCUCAAGGCCUGAUAAAUAUUGAUGCAUUGUGGAUCUUUUUCUAGAUAUGGAUCUUUGGCUACAAAUUGAUAUAAAUGCAAACAAUACAGAAGAAAAGAAAAAAAGAAAACAAAUGCCAUUGCUGCUGACCCAAGUUUGAGAAAUUAAAACUAUUAACAUUUUCACAUGGAGAAUGUAAUGAAUUUCUGGGUAGAAUUUCUAAAGACUAUCCUGAAAUUAUCAGUUAAGCAUAGAAAUAUCUGAUGCUAUUUGCAACCAUGUGCCGUUGUAAGAAUCUUCUUGUUAGGUGCAGCAACAAAACCAGUACAGAGAUAAGCCAAAUAUAGAAAACGAUCUCUGCUUACAAGUAAUAUCAGUAGUUCUUAAUACUGAACUUUUAUCCAAGGAAAAACAAUCACAUCAUAGUUAUUGAUUUGUUUGGCUAAAACAUGAACCUCUCAAAAAUUGAAAUUCAAGUACUACUUCAUGUACACUGGAAAUUUUAGUUUUGCAUUUACAAUAAACAAUUACUUUUCAUUUUAUUGCCGGUUUUCUAUCAUGAGUGUGUUGCUCCUUAUGCAGGGAUUUUUUUCUAGCUAACAGAUUCCAUGGCCUGAAAAAACUAGAAGGCUGUUGUACUUGACAAUAGAAUUAAGUUUAAUUAAAAUUUCUUCCAUUAUUUAAAUUGUAUGCCAGAUAGUUCUGCACAUGACUACAUUGAGUUCAGCAGGACUUACUCCCAAGUUAUACCUUAACUAUCCCUUCUUGAUAACGAAGCUAUCAAUAUGUUUCCAUCUUCUCAACAAUCUUUUGUUGCAUCUAAUUAAUAUUUUAAAAUGGGUUUUUUUCCAAAUUCAAGGGCCUAACGAGAGAGAGAGAAAGAGAAUGUGACAGCCUAAGAGAAUUUGACACAAUUAUCUUUAAAUUGAUCAAACUCUUAAUCCCUCAUUCCCCAUACUUCUAUCACUUAGAUACCUAAGGUAAUGAAUAAUUCCUAGAAGACAUUUUUCAUUUAAAUUUCAACCAUGUUCUCCAGUCCUUUUGCAUGGGGAUUUUAUUUUUUGAGAAGCCCUCAUCCAGAUCCACAGUGUUUAGUUAGUGAGCAGCAGGUUUCUGCCAUAGGUCGUGUCAGACAUGUUGCUAUAGCACUUGAGUAUUGAUUUUAUUAUUUUAUUAUUUAUUACUAGA